CACUGUGCGGGGGCCGGCGCGAUGCUCAGCUGACCACCGGUGCACACUGCAGCAUGGGACUUCUCAGCGUCAUCGUCUGCGUGCUCGGCGCUCUGGUGACGACCCCGCCGGCGGCCGCCGUGGUGCUCAUCUACGGGGGCAGCGUCGAGGACGGCGCCGGCCAGUGGGCGCGCCCCGAGCCGCCGACGCCGCCCACGGCGCGGGGGCUCGUCUACCUGGGCCGCGCCGACGCCAACAGAUCGGGAACAGAUCCGGCCGCACUGGAUCACGUGGCGGCAGCAUCGUCACCCCACGGCUACCGGGGGAAUGGCUACGACAACCUGGGACCGGGAGGAGUUCCGUGGCAGGGUGAUCCCCACCACCACCCACACCACCACGAAGGCGGUGGUGGCAGUUGGUCGUCUGGUGGAGGAGCAGUAGGAGGCAGUGGGUCAUGGUCAUCUGGAGGAGGUGGCAGUGGUCCUUGGGCUUCUGGAGGACCAGGAGGAGGAGGAGGAGGCGGUCCGUGGUCAUCUGGAGGUGGAGGAGGUCCAUGGCCACCUGGAGGAGGAGGAGGAGGAGGAGGAGGGGGAGGAGGCGGUGGUUCAUGGUCGUCUACUGGUGGACCUGGUGGUGGCCCUUGGCCACCAUCAGGAGGCGGGGGUGGCUCGUGGUCUUCAGGAGGGUCUGGUGGUCCUUGGCCACCUGUAGGUGGUGGAGGACAGGGUGGAGGGGUUUACAGGCCUUGGGGACCAAGUGGAGGAGGGGGCAGUACUGCCUGGAGACCUGAGGAGCACCGUUAUGGGCACUGGGAUAAGGACCCACCUAAACACGCUGGUGGAGGUCGGUGGCCUGCUGACAGGUAUGGUGGUUACUACGGUUAUGGAGGCGGUAAUGGCUAUGGAUAUGGACCUGCUGGUGGACCAGUAGGGCACCCGCCAGCUGGAGGCGGUGGGAGUCCACCUUGGCCUCCUGCUGGUGGAGCUGGUAGUGGGGGAGGGCACUGGAGUAGCAGUGCAGGUCACUGGGGUGGCGGAAGCGGAGGAGGUAGUGGCAGUGGUGGGUCCUGGGGAGGUGGCAGUACUGGGUCUUGGGGACCAAGCAGCAGUGGUGGUUCUUGGGGGAGCAGUGGCGGUGGAACAGAUAGAUGGUCCUCAGGAGGAAAUAAGUGGGGUUCUUCUGGGAGUGGAGGGCCAUUUGCAUGGUUAGGAGCCGGUGGGAACAGGUGGGGAACUGGUGGGGAAAAAUGGAAUGGUGACAGAUGGGGAUCUAGCGGAGGUGGCAGUGGAGGUGGUGGUGGAGGUGGGCCUGGGUGGCUUUCCGGCACAGACAGGUGGGGUUCUGGAGCAACAGGAGACAGGUGGUACACAUACGGUGGGCACCGGUAUGGUACAGGUGGGGGUGGUAGUGGAGGCGGAGUCGGAUGGGCAGGUGGCGCACCUGGAGGCGGUGCGGGAUGGGCGAGCGGUGCUCCCGGUGGCGGAGGACCGCACGGGUUGGAUCCCUCUAGAGACGACCGCUAUGGAAGUGGUGGGGGUGGCGGGUGGGUGACCCUGAGGCCUGGUGGCGCUGCUGGGGCCGGCGGUAGUGGCGGCGGCGGCUGGGAGGCGGAACGCGGCCACGGCUACGGAGGGGGCUGGGACCGGUACGGCCCAUCUGGGGGAGGCGCUGUCGGAGGCGGCGGAUCCUGGGACCAGAGGCCAGCCUACAGUGGCGGAGGUGGAGGCGGAAGCUGGGCCGGCGGCAGUGGAGGCGGAAGCUGGGCCAGCGGUGGCCCCGGGGGCUGGUCGCAACGGCCUUGGGGCGGAGGCGGCGCGCCAGGUGGAGCUGGAGGCGGCUGGUUCGGGCCGCAGCCCCCACCGAGCGGAGGCGGCGGAUACGGUGGGUACCCGCAAGUGUGCCAGCAGCAGCGGCCGGGGGACGGGUACCGCGACCACAGCCACGACCACGACCGGGGACUCGAGCACGGCCACCGGCUCGGCCACGACCACGGGGCUCGCGCGCCCGUGCCCUACCUGAACUACCUGCACUCGGCCACCAGCCGCAGCACCGCCCCCGCCGCGCCCACCGCCCCCAGCGCCACCUCCUCGGCGCCCGCCCCCGGCGACGACGACGACGACGACGACGACAAGGCUGGGUCGUCCGGAACCUCCAAGUGACCGGUCCCCGGCUGACCAUGGCGUUUUCUGACACCUGAUGAUGUCCGCAUCCGGUCGGUGCGAAACGUCGCUCAAUUUCUACUGGUGACUGACCUACAGCACCCGCGAGAGCAGUCUGCAGUCGGGACUCUUGUCUACUAGAGCGUCGGGUCUGCGCGUGGGUGGUCACCGAUCCUACUUACCGAUCUCCAGUUGCCAGAGACGGGAGAGAAAAUGUCCAGGAAUACGCCUUUCAAACGUUCCUCGCUCAUCCAGUUGAUUGUGGUCAUUGUAAAACAAAUACUGCUACUGGUCGUAUGCUCGUAUUGCAACAGUCACAGUGCUGAAGCCACAACUAUUAUGGGAAAUCCCUAGGAAAAAAGUAGAAAGAAGAUACCAGUUUGCGAAUAACACAAUCACAGUUUUUAUGCGCCUGCAAAACAAAAAACAAAUUACCCAGUUACGCCACUGAGAAAGACUCAGAGGACACAUGCAGCUGCCCCUGUCUCCGCCCUGUGGUGUUGUACACAUUAUUACUGAAUCAGCUGAAAUUGAAUCUUCAUUGUUCACUCCACGAAGAAGAGAUUAUAGCCUGACACGAGCGGAACACAUCUGCUCAAUGACUCAAACUGAGCUGGUCAGAGUAUUUUCUGGGCUGGAUCUUCACUGGCCAGCCGCCAAAGGAGAGGCCAGUGCCUACUCGUAAAUGCUCGGUAAACUUCGGCUGCUUCCCAGCACCAAUCCGAACAUCAGCUAUUCAAUACGUUUACAAAUUUAAGGCAUCCUUUUUAUAUUGCAACAUAGCCUCAAGUUGUAGCUACCAAGAAGUACUCCCAAUGUAUUGUUAUUGUUUUCUGUAAUUGUUCAUUAUGAAAAUAGUUGAUCAAAUGGACUGUGGUUUAUUGCCUAAUACCCUCACUAAUACUUUAAAUACAUUUACUGCGCUGUCUGUAUUUUACAGUGUCUUUGUAGUUCGAGGCAAAUGUCCUUCAGAGAUGCAUCUCUGAGCGCUCUGUGAGAUACAGACACCGGAAUAACUGUUUUUCACGGCAAAGCAACUGCAAACUGACGAGCAAAACAUUGUCUCUCCCUGUGCGGGAAUCACAUAACGUGCUAGCGGCACGGACGAGGCACCAAGGUAGCUGAGAGUUCGGAUCAGUGCCGGAGGCGUGCUGGGGCAGCCCAAGUGGCAAAGGCGACCAGUCGCGAUUAGCGGGAAAUCCGGGUUCGAGUCCCAGUACGUCACACACACAAAAAAAUCAUGUUGUUCUACUAAUUGGUACAACUCAUGUAUAAUCGUAUUCGCAGUUUUCGAAUACAUUUCAUAUACUAUUUUAAAGUCAAAAGCCUUCCAUCUCGUAUGUCUCCCCUAUAUGUCGUAAGUGACUAUUCAAAUGGCCUGUCCCAAUGGAAGUGCGUACAGCGCGUUUGCCUCGUAGCCAACAAGCUUCCCCUUGUUUAAUUUAUCCCUUGAGAAAAUAAAGUGAACCUUGUGCGGUGCACUCAGAAAAGUCACAAGCUCUUCAAAAUGUCAAUAUAUAAAAAUUGUUUAGUGUACUUAUAUAUUUCCUGACCCAAAACUACGAUUGUAAUGACAUAGUCUCCACUCAAUGUGGCAUCAGAUCUCCGAUCCAGAAGAUCCAUAACGACCAACAGUCAACUGGAUGACACUUAGACCCUUCCUCUUCUUCAUCUGCACGGUCUGUGUAGCUGUUGCAGUGUGGAGACUGGGAAGUACAACGGACAAUAGCCUAUUAUGUCGCUCCUAUGAUGGCACAUAGGGUGUGUGGUGUAUUGUGUGUGGGGGUGUAGGCUGCGGCAACAAUUCUCGGUGGCUUCCUGGAGUCUUCAGACGUCAAGAACCGCACGAGAGGCUGGUGAACUAAAGACUGUUGCUAUUGUAGUUAGAAUCUGUUGCUUUUCACUACCUUCUUUUUAAUAUCUUUGAUUCAGGAUAAUCGCUGCACCUCAACAACAAAAUCGCUGGAACACAAACUUAACAAGAGACGCUUGCCUUAUACCGCAUUCAUGUUAGAUAUGCAGCUUCCCCACGUUAAUCAAAUUCAUAAGAUUCUUGGCCCAUUUGGGGCAUAGUCAGUUCAUAUGGGAAUAAAACUUCACCACACAUGAAACUGCUGCUUUCAGUAUCAAUAAAGUUGAGUUUUAAUCGUUGGUCUAGCUUAUUUCACAGUUGUAAUUAAUUUCAGACCAUUCGUAAAGCCCAACUGUCACACGUUCACUGACACAUUUUCCAGUCUUACCCUGUGUUUCAAAGCACCUCCGUUAAGAUAUCUCUCUCGUCGAAACUCUUGCUGUGCUGGAGUGCAUAAAAUAAAAUAAAUACGCAACGAUAGAGUUGUAUAUACACGAAAAAUGACUAAUUUUCAUUAUCUCUCCUGUGACUUUGCUCUCGACACCAAUAAAUAAAAAUAAAUUUCUAAUCUCUUUCACUUCACUGCAUUUUACGCUUUGCUAUUAUGUUGCUAUAUCUAUUUAAAUGAAAUGUGACUUACAACUGGCUAACGAAAGAUAAAUGUGAAUAAAUUUUUUAACAAAUUUGA